GACAACAUAUUCUUCACAGUGGAGUUCAACUUGCAGGUUGACUACAGUCGGAAGAUGAACCUCCUGUCCAGCUUUGGUUUCUUAUUGUGCCUGAAUUAUAUUCGCCACCUGAAACAAAGUGGAUGCGCAUGGUUCGCCAUUCCAUGCAGCAGCUGGGUAUGGAUGAGUAUGGGUUCAUCCAUGCGGUCGUAUCUACGGCCACAGGGGUGGAGCGAAAAACGCUGCACACAGAUCGGCAACCGUCUUGCCCGCAGGCUUUGUUACAUGUUGGAGCUGUGCUUCCGCAAAAAGGUAUUCUACAUUAUUGAGCAGCCCCAGAGCAGCCUGUUAUUUCAAUACAAGCCUCUGAAAAAGCUCCUGCUACGUCAUGGAGCACGUAUGGGCCAAUGCUCCCUUGGAGGGUAUUUUGCACCUACAUUGAAGCCAGCAACCCAUCAGCACUGA